GUUAAGUCUAAAAUAAGUUGAGUAAUUCUUUAGAUUUACAGAUAUUGUCAUAUUUGGUCUUUGAACUCACGCCAGAGAAAAUGGUAGCUAAGGAUUUUUGUUUUUUGUCUCGCGUUUAGAUGACUUGACUACCUGGCCCUGGCCCAGGUCUGGUUACUGGUUAGGCCUACUAGUUACUACUACUAGAUCUAGUUUCUGCACACUGCAGAUUUAGAUUAUAUAUUAUUAUCUGAAACCGAAAGAAAUUGGUGGAUGGUCGUAUCAGUAUCAGUCAACAAGAAGGAGAAAGACGACGUAGAAUUCUGUGAAAGUCUGAAAGACGAUCAUCAGCAAACAGAAAAGGACCUUUUCAAAGACCAUGGAUCGGUUUGUUGUGAGGACUCCAAGAGAACAGGCAAGAGGAGAAUGCUCCGUCUCCGUAAAGUCCGUGGGCGCCUCCAAGCAGAGCACUAUCCAUUCUUUGCCAGGUGUUGUCGUCAUAGAAGAAAUCAAACGGAUGAAGGCUAAGCUGAAGCUUCCAAACCAGAGCAAGCCAGUGAUGCUCGAAUGCUUGAAAGAGCUUGGGAAGAAAAUUCCCCCUCGUCAUGUUUUGGUUGACACAAAAAUUGGGCACAUUGUAAAUAAGUUGAAAAAACACCCCGAUGAGGACAUCUCGAGACAGGCAAAAAGAGUAUACAUAAAGUGGAGAGCCUUCUUCGAAGAACACGUAGACAAACCUCAGAUUGAAGUCAAGUGCGACAAAAAGGCUGAGAACAUGAGGCUGAGAGGGAAAACAUAUUUGUCAGAAGCUUUAGGCUUAGAGAGAGAACAUGAACUUGUGGAAGCCAUAGAACGAGAGGCCUUCUUUACGAACAAACGGCUCAUCAGUCCUGCAUACCGACGGUCCAUGCGCAACUUUGUGUUCAAGCUGAGAAAUUCUGAGGAGCUGAAGACUUCUGUGCUGGCGGGUGAUUUAACGGUGGAGGACUUUGUGAAACAAUACAAGAAGAGCUAGCACUGAGUAUUUUUUUUUUCUUUUACUUGUAAAUUUGUGAGAAACAUAAUUUUUAUACUUUUUUUUACAGUUUUCAGUGGUUCACUUUUUGAGAAUGCAGGUGUUAAGCAGUGUCAGUAGUGAAAAAUGUGUUUUUGUACAUAGGUGUAUGUGUUUUUGCUUUUUUUUUUUCUAUGUCUCUGCGUGCGUGUGUGUUGCCUUGGCUGUAUAUCUGGUUUAACAGUUAGGCACCUUGCUGUUCUACGCAAUACUACCGAAAGCUAACGAAACAUCUUUCUUUUUUUCAUUUUUGUCCCAAAUUUUAAAAAAAUUUUUACUGCAUAAUCGAAAGCCUGAUCAGAGUUACCCUACUUGUAUGAAAAAUCAAAGUGAAACUGUGACUAGUUUUUUUUAAUGAGUUAGAAUUCAAAUUUCGGAAGAAUACCUUUUUUAAAUGGUUACACUAACAAAACUGCUGUGAAUGAAAGAAAGGCAUUUUGUCAGCUUACGGAAGAAUAUUAGUGAGUAUCAAUUCCUAAGGUGGGGUGCUUUUUAAAAAAAUAAAAUUGAGUAUCUCCAUCUGACUGCUGGGAUGUUGUAUCCCUUUCAGCCUUUUAGCGGACAGGCAGGGUCAAAGGAGCCCACCUCAUAAAUGAUAUAAAUAGUGGCGGUAGCCAGAAACUUUUAAAUGGUAAGCAUUAUCCAAUGCAGAAAAGUACUGGUACUUGACACAAAGAGCACCAGAAAUGUGUUUCCACCCUAUUCCUGGUGUGGCAUUGUGAUCAAUCUCCAUCAGCUACUUGAAGUUCAGACGAUCAUUGAAGGCAGUCAUUGCCAUGUCUGGAAGAUAGGCUGCAGCAAUACUGAGGACACAUGAAAAGAAAAAAAUAAUUGUGUUAGGUAAAUCAAUUUUUUACAUAGAAACUGCUGUCCCGUGGAAAGAACAGUGUUGUCAAAUUUGAUCUAACAUAGAGUAUGGCUAGCGAGUACAAGUUACUCAAAGUAAGCCUAUUCAGAGUGUUGGUUGAUUUUGAUCAGAAAGAAAAGCAAAUAUGAUUGUUAAGUAGUCAGGUACAACAGUAGUCCAAUGUGCAUAUUAAAAAAUUGUUAUUCUUGGAGUUUUUCGUUCAAAAUUCUUCCCCCGCCUCCUCAAGAAAGUAAUUAAGUACUGAAACUAAAAUAGUAAAGAAGAAUUUUAAAAAUUACAGUAUAUGUAGAGAUUUGUUUAGAUCUAGAUCUACUUACUUUCCAGCAUAAUAUCCAACAAUAGUCUGAUCUUGUAGUUCUGGUGUCCACAUGGUGAUUGUGCUCUUGCCUCAUUCAGGUGAAAAUAUUUUGUCAAUUUCUCGUAGCAUGUUUUUCCCAUCGUAUCAGCAAUCUCUUUCACCCUAAGCCUGUCAUCUGAUGAUUAUAGUACAUUGCAUAUUCAGGGAGCUGGUGAACACCCAUCAGGAUGUUGAUGUGAAAAUAUAGUUUCAUUUCAGCAGCUAUCGUUUCAAACCAGCCUCUGUCUGUUUUGUUUGCAACCUCCUGAUGCCACUUUGCAUAUCUGCUGGUCUCCUUUGCUGCCAGUUCAUAGAAGUUCUCAGAAAUGAUCAAACUAAAGUAAUCAAACGGCUCAACAUCCCAUCUGUCUCACUGUCUUGUCGUAAAGCCUUCAGCUCCUCUUAAAUCUCCAAACUAAUUUGUCAAGACUCAUGAAGUUCCAUGUUUCCAAAAAGGCUGUCACUAAAAGGUCCAGAGACCCACUCACACAAAAUGGCGGUCGUUAAAUGGACCGUUUCACUCCUAACUUCACAGAUAACGGCAGGAAAAAUUGACAAAUACUCGUUAUUCACAAUCCUAACUAACACAUCAGUUGCAACCAAAUAUUCUUCACAACAUAACACUCACUAUAACAUACAAUAUCACCACAAUAUCUGUCUGAAAAUAAAAAAGAACAACCAAGAAAACCUUACAGCGAUACAAAACACUGCUUCAAACUCAAAUUCAUGUAACUGGAAAAGGCUUCAUUAAACACAGUACUGACGCUGUAAACAAAAAUGUGAAUCCAGUUUGGUUAAUUUGCAUCUUGUGAAAGGAAAAGUGUUAAAAAUUGUGUUUUUGUCAAUGAUGAAGUAGAAUUUACAUACUUUGGCUUGCACCUGUGGACAAUGUAUGAUGUAUGGCCCAACGACAUGAGCCUUCGGACACUGGUUAGGCCUUCCCUUAUGGCAGGCGGUACGGAAACAAGCAAACUUUCUCGCCUGCAGCGCAAACUCCUUCAUUGCCUGAAACUGAUGGUACUUUUGUGUACCAGGGAUCGUUUGGAUGUCGGGACUCAGCUCCACUCUCUCAGUUUCUGCCUGGAUAUCAAGAAACAAAAAGUAUUUUAAAAAGACUUAACCUACAAAUCAUCCAUAUACAAAUCAUUUAAUUAUCUUUCUAAAUCUCAAUUAUCAACACCCCUUCUGUCUGUGCCAUAUUUCUUUGAACGAUAGUCCACCAUGAGCUUUGCGCAGAAGUUUCUUCUUCCUUCAACGACUGCCCUCUUCAGGGCCUGGCUCAGGUUACCAGUCUCUCCAUCUGACUGUCUCUUUCUGUGCUUGGUGACGUUAUAGCACUUUUGGGGCUGAUGGCGCAGGAGGGUUAGAUCGCGAAAGCUGCCUCUUCCGUGUAAAAUAAAUCAAACAACAAAAUUGUCUCUUUAUUCACCUUGUCUUCUGGUCCUGAAAAUCACUCUAAAUGGUGAGCUUUUUAACUCUUUGCAGACGCAGGGUUAGAGACAGCUGCAUUCGCUGGUGACGCGUGAAUUUUAGCCUUUAUAAGAGGCCCAUAAAAACAUUACUUUCAGAGAUCGAACAAAACAGGUUUCUGUUUUAGAAAUUACAACAAUAGAACUUUUUAGGUAACAACAUCAUUUAGCUGGGGAAAAAACCCAAUAGCUUUGAUCCAGUUUAUUGAAGAAAAAGUGGUCCAUCAGACCAAAAAAACAAAAAAUUCCUCCAGGCAGAACAAACAUUCAGGUACAAUGAACGGACAAGACAGAAGUAAUGAAAAUAGAGGUCUCUAAUACACACAAAUGUACUCACAUUGCAACAGAAAAGCCACAUUACAACAAAUAGUUCUUUUUGGUGUGAUAAUCCAUGAAUCAGGGGUGAGCACAGAAAGUUUUAUUACAAGUGUCACAUGUGAUAGAUCUAUAUGACUUGGAAAUUCUGUUCCUGAAUUCCUCACUGCUUGCUCCUGCGCAGGCUACCUUUGAAUAGCACACAAAGCUGUUAUUCCUUUUCUUCUUAGCUGCAUCCAAUGGAACAAGGAAAUGCCUUCCAGACAACCUGUCAACACAUGGUCCUUUGUCAAUGGUCAGCUCAACAUCACAGCGGACAGCAGCUAGUCCAGUGCAGACUUCCAUGACAAAUCUGCUGAGCUUCAGGGCUUCUGCUUGUCGUGCAGGAUUGAGGCCUGAACCAUGCAGAGUGUGAGGAGGUGCAGGGCUACCUUUUUCCACCACUUGAUGGUUUUGUGGUGUGACAGUGUGGACAAAAUGAGCUGAUUGCUUCGGUUGACACCCCCCCCCACAGUUAUGUUUGAUGAGUAGUCGAUGACUGCUGCUGGCUUCAGUUUUGUUUCUGUGCAUAUAUGUGUUGUGUCAUGUUUGGAAGGUGUUUUGUUGUGAGGAUCUGUACAUCUCUUUUGUCUUUCCAUUUCAGAGCCAGAACUUGAUUUCAAUGUCUGAAUCUGCUCGGGUUGCAAAUUUGUGGUCAUGAGGUCUUUAGGUAGACCAAUGUGGUUGGCUCUGACUGUCCCCACGACCGUUGUGUUGUUGGCUGCAAGUGUGUCAAACAACAAGGGGUUGCAGUAAUAGUUGUCUAUAAAUAGACAAUAGCCCUGAUUGAGGAGGGGCUGAAUAAGACGAUUUACGACAUCAAAGGGUGUGUUGCUGACAUCUGGCUGUCCAGACAUGGUUUUGAAAGCCCAGACAUACCCGCUGUUGCUCUCACAGAGUUCAUAGAGCUUAGCACCCGACUUUGUUGGUUUGUCCUUCCUAUAAACUCUCAUGUGAGAGCGCUCUCGUUUAUAUGUAUUGUUCUGGGACAUAGGUGGCCUUGAAUGUCUGUGAAUAGAUGAAAAAAAAAGAUGGUAAGAAACUGACACUCAAACUUGACAAACAAUUUUUGGUACCUGUUAGGAGAAAAAUAUCAGAACAAAAGGAAUAACAUACUAUGAAAAUAACACUAAUAAUACUUUUGAUCUUGAUGAAAGAAUACAAUUUUUUCAUUGAGAUUUCCAGGUUUUUACAUGGUACUUAUUUCAUUCCAUAUUUUUUUACAGUGAUCAAUCUGGGUUGUUUUUUUCCGUUUUAGAACUGACCAUUAUACACAUUGAAUUUUAGGAUUCAUUCUCGAGAUUUAUCUGUGUUCAAAGAAAAUAUAAAUAGUGUUUGGCCUUAUUUUGACAAACAGUCUUUCCUAUAUUCAUUGUAAUAGUAAUAACAAGGAAUUAUGACAUGACUGAAGGCAGAGAAACAGAAGGGGAAGUUGGAAAAGAAUUAUAAGAAGGGAAAUGAGAAUAAGCGGAGAGGGAGGGAGGGAGAGACAGAAAGAGAGUUGCAGGACUGUUAAUCAAGGACUAAGAUUCAACUUACCUGAGUGAGACUGUUGUAGAGCGGCCUUAUCUUGUGUAGGGGAUCAUGACCUGGUUGCCCUCUCGGUACAUACGUGCUGUUGUCAUUCAAGUGAAAGAAGGACAGUAUAGCUUUAAAGUGGUCCCAUUUCAUUAGCUGCGCUACGAGAACGAUGAGGGCAUACAUGGGCUUUGUGACCAGUAGUCAGAAAUAAAUGGUUUGUCUACAAGGUUGAUGUGGAUAAGUAUCACGACUUAUGCAGUUGCGAGCACCGUAAAACCCCAUACUAAAACUGAACUAAGUAUCACGAGGAAUUUGUACAUCUCGGCUUUGGUGACGGCUCUCCACUGUUUGUAGAUGUAGCGUGCUGACAGUUCGACUGCUUGACACUCUUUCUCAAUGAUGCAACAUCUCACAUACGGGUUUGUUUCAACCUUCAUAUGGUCAAUCAGUACAUCUGUUAUGAAGGAACGAUAAAGAGAAAGUGGCGAAAUUUCCCCUGUCAUGUCCACUUUCGUACCCGGUGUUCCUGUGAAGGGCGGAAUGAGGAGAAAGUCGUGAGGUCUUGACACCAGUCAUGUAAAUAACUGUCAUUAACCUCAGAUUCGGUUUCUAUCCAUAUCUGGAUCAAGUGACCCAAGUCGAUUCUGAAGUUAUCAACAGAUGCAUUCUGAUGAUUACCUUGGGCAGUGUUGUUGUUACGCAUAGUAUUUGCUGGCCCUUCAUCCUCAGCCUCACUGUUAGUAGUGUUAGUGUCCCUCUCAGAUGAACUGUCUUGGUCCCUGUCUGCAUAGCCAGGCAUAAGUAGACCCACCUCUUCCUCAUCAUCUGGAUCAGGAGAACCAUUGUCAGCUAAAUAGCUACAAGCUUCACUUUCUAAAUCAACAACUACUCCAUCUUCUUCAUCAGAUUCAUCUUCCAGCACAAUUUCAAGCGCAUCGAAAACCGUUAAGACUUCUCCUGGAUGCAUAUUUUCGGUUGUACUUUUGAUUACUCAAUGUGAUUAUGACUUUAACAAAAACACUUCGAAAAACAGUAUCAGUUCAAUUAUUCAACGGUCAAAGUCAAAGGGACAUAAAUAUGUAUCAAAAUAGCUAAACUUUUAUUUCCCGAGAUAUCAAACUUGUAUCCCUUUAGAUGUGUGUACCAUAGGAAUCUUAAAAAUUCGUCUGAUACAUUUGUCUGACGCGUCGACUAGCGUAAUACAGCCUGUCGGACAAAUGUGUCCAACGCGUCUGCAUAGAGUGAAUGGUCAGCUUCUGCCUCAGCAGCUCCUGUGACCAUCUGGUGAAUUCCUUGGGUGAUGUCAUCACUGAGGAAAAUCAAGCUGUCCCUAAAUAUUGUGUCACUAGCCCUGUGAAAGGCCACAACUGGGUGCACAGCCACUUACUGCUUGCCAAAGUGAGCGGACUUGAUCUCAGGUGUGUCUGCAGCCUUCCUGUGAGACGAAGAGUAAUUGCAAGAGCAAUAAGUAUAAAAAAUACAGCAAUUUUUAUAUCUUGCAAGGUGGCAAAAAUAAUAUGCUGAUAAUUUACCUUUCUUUGGGUUCUGGCUGCACACUUUAAAUUGAUGGUACUGCCAAUAUGCUGUGAAGAGGUGCUGCAGGAAGCUAUGCCCUUUGGUUGGAUUCGUCAUUUUCACUGAUGCUAGGUGCAGAUUCCAACCACCUUGUCUUGUGGCUCUGAUAAACAAUAAUGUUCCUAUCAUGUCUAGAUAUGAAGACCAAAAGGCAAACGUGGGGUGUUUGUUGGAUGUCUCAGAAAUGUAUUUGUUGUAUUUUUCAGUUAAUUGAUCAAAUUCAUCUGAAAAUUCCAACUUUUGGAAAGAAUUGGAAAAGUUUUUACAUAUUACCACAGAUUUUUCAUUAGCCGAUAAUGUAUAUUAAAAAAAAAAAAGAAUUCCACCUUAAUCUUUGAAGAGCGUCGUACAUAAUUUUAUGUGUCCGAAUACUUCGGUUGUAAUAAUGACCAUUCAUGACCCCAUUUCAAGAGCCUGGGGCAACGAGUCCAGAAUCAAUAACUAUGUCCUCAAAGCCAGAGUCCUGGAACCUUUUUCCAAUGACUGCCAUAUACGCCAUUGCCUGAUGGUAGUCCCCUAACCGAAUGACAAGCCUUUUCUGAAAUUCUGCAUUCUCCAGCGGAUUUGUUGUGCUUUAGGACAUAUUGGUUGAUCCAUAACAAGCACAAUGUGCUUAAGACCAAUUUCAUCUGCAAUUUGUAGACUUCUGUGUAAGAUGCUAUAAACAAUGCUCAUUUGUGUAGGGGAUGCGUCAAUGACAGGAAGAUAACCAAUCUUAUGUGUGUCUAUUUAUUGCACCUUCAAAAAUGUCCAGUGCAAAGUUCAAGCAUUUGUAUGUUCUUUAUUUAUGUAUUCUAAAAUGUAUGUGUAUGGACACAGAACUGCGGGUGGUUGGAGGGUGCCUCUUGUAGGUGCUAUUUCCUUCCUAUCAGUCAGUUGUUCCUGUUUAUUUGUUUUGCUUCCUAGCAGUAAACAAUUGUUAUGUUAUAGUUAUAUGUGCAUUUUUUUUUUUUCAGGACUACUCAAAACUUUGAUCUGGGUGGGGGGUUUUUUGGACUUGUCAUUACAAACAUGUGAUUUAUUGUUGAUUAUGUCAUGAAUAAAAAUACCCCAUUUUGAA